AUGACUGAUUACGAAUCAGAAAGAUACGAAGGUAACGGCGGUGCCGAUUUCGAAAUCCACGGCUACGGUGCCGGCGGUGCUGAUUCCUCUCCUCCUCCACGCGGCGGCGCUGAUGAUCACAGCGAUUCCAAGCCUCAGCAUGGGUCUCGUGACUACGAGAGGGAGUCUUCAAAAAGUAGGGAAAAAGAGAGAAGCAGGGAUAGGGAUAGGGACAGGGAUAGAGAUAGAGAUAGAGAUAGGGAAAGAGAUCGAGAUAAGGAUAGGGAGAAAAGCAGGGACAGGGAUAGAGAUAAGGAAAGGGACCGAGACAGGGAUCGUGACCGUCAUCGCGAUCGCCAUAGAGAUCGCAGUGAAAGGAGGGAUCGGGGCCGAGAUAGGGAUGAUGAUGAUUACCACCGAAGCCGAGACUAUGACAGGCGGAGAGAUUAUGAUAGAGACAGAGAAGAUAGGCAUAGACGUUCUCGUUCCAAGGGUAGAUCCGAGCACAGAUCAAGGUCACGUUCACGCUCACGCUCUAAGAGCAAAAGGAUCAGUGGUUUUGAUAUGGCUCCUCCUGCUUCUGCAAUGUUGCCUAAUGCAGCCGCUGCCGUUGCUGCUGCUGCAGGUCAGAUUACUGGGACAACUCCUCCCAUUCCUGGAAUGUUUCCCAACAUGUUUCCAUUAGGGACUGGUCAGUUUGGUGCUCUCCCUGUUAUGCCAGUUCAGGCAAUGACUCAACAGGCUACGAGACAUGCUCGGCGGGUCUAUGUUGGAGGGCUUCCACCUACAGCCAAUGAACAGUCUGUAGCUACUUUUUUUAGCCAGGUUAUGGCUGCAAUUGGAGGGAACACUGCAGGCCCAGGGGAUGCUGUUGUUAAUGUUUAUAUAAAUCAUGAAAAGAAGUUUGCAUUUGUGGAGAUGAGAUCUGUUGAGGAGGCCAGUAAUGCAAUGGCUUUGGAUGGGAUUAUUUUUGAGGGAGCACCUGUUAAGGUGAGGAGACCGAGUGACUAUAACCCAUCUCUGGCCGCAACGCUUGGUCCAAGCCAGCCUAAUCCCAAUCUUAAUCUGGCUGCAGUUGGUCUUACUCCUGGUUCUGCUGGUGGACUUGAGGGUCCAGACCGCAUUUUUGUGGGUGGACUCCCCUAUUACUUCACAGAAGCACAGAUCAGGGAGUUGUUGGAGUCUUUUGGACCCCUUCGUGGUUUUGAUCUCGUAAAAGACAGAGAAACUGGGAAUUCAAAAGGCUAUGCAUUUUGUGUGUACCAAGAUCUUUCAGUUACGGACAUAGCUUGUGCAGCUUUGAAUGGAAUUAAAAUGGGUGAUAAAACUCUCACUGUUAGACGUGCCAACCAGGGGACCAACCAACCUAAACCUGAGCAAGAGAAUGUACUAUUGCAUGCCCAGCAGCAGAUUGCAUUGCAGAGGCUUAUGUUACAGCCACCACCUGUGACCACAAAAGUUGUAUGCCUAACUCAAGUAGUUACUGCAGAUGAGCUCAGAGAUGAUGAUGAGUAUGAAGACAUUUUGGAAGACAUGAGAAUGGAAGGCGGCAAAUUUGGUCAACUGGUGAAUGUUGUGAUCCCACGCCCUAGACCGGACGGUCAAAAUGCGCCAGGAGUUGGGAAGGUGUUCUUGGAGUAUGCAGACACCGAAGGUUCUUCAAAAGCCCGAGCGGGGAUGAACGGGAGGAAAUUUGGUGGAAAUCAAGUUGUGGCUGUCUUUUUUCCCGAGAACAAGUUCUCCGAGGGAGAAUAUGAUGAUUAA